AUGCACACAGAAAAGGAAAAGCAACACCCCUGGCUUCCAGGGACAGAUGUUCCUGCCUUGCUCUGCUGAGGGUUUGUGAGGAAGAAAUGCAGCAUUGCUCCAUGUGAAACUUGCUCUUCUUGAAGGAGCAGCGUGCCUGCGAUGGACAGCGCUGGGGACAGCGGGGCGCAGCCCGGCCGGGCCCAGGUGACGGUCACCGUGUACAAGGACCUGGUGCUGCAGCACUACGGCUUCGAGAUCUGCCCGGGGCUGCCCCUCACCAUUGCCUCCGUCACUGCAGGGAGCACGGCCGACGGCAAGCUGCAGCCCGGCGACCAGCUGCUCGCCAUCAACUCCAGCACGGUGGAGGGCACGUCUGUGGAGCGGGCAGCCAGCAUCAUCAGGGACGCUGGAGACGAGCUGGUCCUGACCGUCCUGCGCUGCAGCUCCGGCGGCCCCAAGUCGUCGUUCCUCACGGCAGAGAAGAGGGCGAGGCUGAAAACGAACCCCGUCAAAGUGCGUUUUGCGGAGGAGGUGCUGCUGAACGGGCACUCGCAGUGCCUGCUGGAUCCUUCAGUGCCACAGGGAAGGGAAGGGAAGGGAAUGUGCUCCCCCACGUGCCGCUGCUGUGCUGCCCGCAGUGUUACAGGGAGCUCCCUCCUGUUCAUGCCCAAUGUUCUCAAGGUGUACCUGGAGAAUGGACAGACAAAGGCGUUCAGGUUUGAGAGGAGCACCACUGUGAAGGACAUCGUGCUGACCCUGCAGGAGAAGCUGUCCAUUCGCAGCAUCGCCCACUUCGCCCUGGUGCUGGAGGAGCAGUACAACCUGGCCAAGAUCCACCUGCUGCACGAGGAGGAGCUCAUUGCACAGGUGGUCCAGAAAAGAGACUCUCACGACUACCGCUGCCUCUUCAGAGUGUGCUUUGUCCCCAGGGACCCCUUGGACCUCCUGCAGGAAGACCCUGUGGCCUUUGAGUAUCUGUACCUGCAGAGCUGCAGCGACGUGCUCCAGGAGAGGUUUGCAGUGGAGAUGAAGUGCAGCGUGGCGCUGCGCCUGGCGGCCCUGCACAUCCAGGAGAGGAUCUGCGCCUGUGCCCAGCCUCACAAGGUGUCCCUCAAGUACAUCGAGAGAGACUGGGGAAUCGAGAACUUCAUCUCCCCCACCUUGCUGCGAAACAUGAGAGGGAAGGACAUCAAGAAAGCCAUCAGCUACCACCUGAAGAGGAACCAGGUGCUGUUGGACCCUCGGCAGAAGCACACGCUGACGGCAGCCCAGGUGCGCCUCAGCUACCUGCAGAUCCUGGGAGAGCUGAAGAUGUACAGCGGCAAGAUCUUCAACGCCACCAUGAUGCUGCAGGACAGGGAGUCGUACGUGGCCCUGCUGGUGGGGGCCAAGCACGGCGUGAGCCAGAUCGUCAACAGCAAGCUCAACAUCGUCAGCAGCCUGGCCGAGUUCCCCAGCAUCAGCAGGGUGGAGCUCAGCGAGGAGUCGGAGCGUGUCAGCAGCGUCAAGAUCUACCUGCAGGACCUCAAGGUGCUCACGCUGCUGCUGGAAUCAAACAGCGCCAAGGAUCUCGUCUGCCUCAUCGUUGGGUACUACCGACUCUUCGUGGAUGCGAACGGCUCCAUAUUCACCUGGGGCGAGAAGCAGCAGCAGCUGCACCGUGUCUCAGCUGAAGAAGGGUAUGAAUCGCGAGCCUGCAGCGACUCCGAGGAUUCCUGCGAGUCCUGCUCGGAGCGCGGCCGGGGCAGCCGUGCGGAGCGGCGGGGCGAGCCCGGCAGCCCCGGGGCGAGCGGCGCAGAGCCCCGGGAGGGAGGGGGCGACCCUCGGGACACCGCCACCGACAGCGCCUCGGAGGCGUCCGACUCGGCCAACAGCGAGAGCCGCGGCUUCAAGACGAGCGGCUCCAGCGACUCCGUGGACGCGCUGGAGGAGGAUGAGCUGGAGGCGAGCUCUUCCUCCCGGCCGGAGCCGUUCCGCCUCUACACGCCCACCGUGCAGGAGCUGAGCGGCGCCGGCGGCUAUUUCUGCUUGCUGCAGCUGCCGGGGGCAGAGCCCGGGCCGAGCCCCGCGGGGCAGGGCCAGCCCGAGCCCGGGCCCGUGGCCGUGCUGCCCGGAGCGUCCCCCGGCUGCCGCAGCCUGUCCCCGCCGGGCCCGGGGCACGGCCACCCGGUGCUGCGGCCACCGCCCGGCUUCGGCGACUCCAGCUCCGAGGAGGAGUUCUACGACGCUGCGGACAGGCUCAGCCCUCCGGACGCGCUGGCAGGGUAUGACACAGCAUCCUGGGAGGGUGGAGAGAGCUCCUCCUGCAUCCCCAAGAGGCUGAGGUGCUACAGCUUGGGGGAGAAGCAUGGGCAGGAGAAGGAGCUGGCCUGCACCAAGAGCCUGAGGAAGAGGAGGUCUUUCCUGGAAACUGAUUACACCUCACAGGUCAGUUUCCCUGCGGCUCCUCCAGGCUCUCCACAGCGCUGCUGCUCCUGGCUGCCCACUCAGCCCUCCCCAGAGCACGCAGGGAAGGACACGGAGAUGGCCACCACUCCUGUGGCCACCCAGGGACAGAGGGACACUGCUGGCACAGACCCCUGCUCUGAGCUGAUGGACACCACAGGGACAAAGCCGGCGAUGGAACAGCUGCUUCCCCCUGUUUCUGACAUUUGCCAUCCUGGUGACCACUGUGGGGAGGAGGACAGCAGCCCCCAGCCUCAACAGCCCCCCGAGCAGCCCCUUCCCCGAGGGCAGAGUGGGGCUGCCCAGGAGAGCUCUGCAGAGCAGACAGGUCCCAGGUGUGCCAGUGAGCAGAGCUGUGCACCCACCGGGGGCUGCCAGGCCCAGGGGGCUCAGCAGGAGGGGGCUCAUCUGGUGGCCACCCAGCACAAGGCCAGUGCUGUCCCCUCUGCUGUUGCCUGCCCCUCUGACGAGCUCCUGCUGCUGCCACCUGCCCAGGAGCUGGCCCAGGAGGAGCUGCUCCCUGCGAGUUUGGAGCCUUCCCUGGCUCCCUGUCAGGAGGGCAGCAGUGGCCAGGGCUGUGCCAGUGGCCAGGGAAGUGCUGGUGGUGUUAAUCCUGAUGGUCAGCGCUGUGCCCACAGCAGCAGCCAGGGCGCCGUGUCCCGGGCCAGGAGCCCCCAGGUGCUGCGUGGGGACACCCUGAGGAAGGUGCACCAGGGCCACUCGGGGUUCCCAGAGGCAGCCCAGCUCCUGGCAGAGUGCAGCAGGGCCCCGGGGGUCCUCACCCGCCUCUCCUGGCUCUCGUUCGGGGUGAGGACAGAGCCUGUGUCGCACAGCCUGCUGCAGGACAGGCUGCAGGACCCGCCUGAGCCUUUGGCCUGCCUGGCCACCAGCAGGGCCGUGGGGGCGAGUGCUCGUGGAAGGAGGAUGCCAGCAGCCCCUGCUGGGGCAGGCUUUGGCCAGGAGCUGGCGAGCAGCUCCGGGCUGGGUGCAGAGCCCACGGGGGAUGCAGAUGAGGCUCAGCAGGAGCCACAGCCUGCACAGGCUUCUGCUGCCAGAGAACAGGGGAAGGACUCCUGCCCGGCUCCCUCCGCAGGGAUCUGCAUCUCCCCAGCCCCAGCUGCCCCGGGGAAAGCAGCAGGAGCCUGCGGGGCUGCAAAGCCCUCCCUGCUGUGUUUCCACCCCGAGGAGGGGGAGCAGAGCCCUGCACCCCCCGUGCCCCGGGGCUGCUCCCCGGCGCCUCGGGGCUCGGGCGGCUGCGGCUGCCGGCUGCCCUACAUCAGCUGCUUCCCCCAGGGCCAGGGCCAGGGGGAGCGUGAGGCCAGCCCCCCCCGGCUGCCAGGGCCCCUCACCACCCCCCCAGCCAGCAGCUCCAGCCUGCCCAGGAGCCCAGUCCCCACAGCUGGGCAGGCAGGGCAGGACCCCCACAUCCGAGCGCUGGGGCAGCUGAAGGACCAGGCGUGGCUGAGCCCUGCGGAUUGCUCCCGCUUCCUGGCCUACACCGUGCAGCUCCAGGAGGUUGUGGGGAAGCUCUGCGGGAGCCAGGCGACCCACCUGCACGACCAGUGCGCAGAGCAAGGUGCAGAGAGCAAGGGUGCCCUGGGCUGGGCUUCCCAGGACCUGCUGUCCAGCUGCCAGGCGCUCCUGAGCACGGAGCAGCCUCUCACAGAGGUGCAGCGCGCACUGAGAGCGACGUUUGACCGCCUGGUGCACCUGGCAGUGACCUGCUUCCAGGUGACACACUGCUGGCAGUGCAGGCAGAGGCAGCAGGAGCUGGGAGCUGCGCUGGGGGACGUGGUGGGCACCUACCAGCAGCUGGUGCAGGCUGUGCACCAGCAGCUCCACGGGCAGGUGUGCCCCGAGCUGGGCACCAAGCUCCUCGCCCACCAGCACACGGCCCUGGCAGCUGCCAUCCUGUGUCUGCUGCAGCAGUUCAGGGCAUCCCCCUGGCUGUGA